UCUUCAUGUUUAUUUUGACUGGAAAAUAUGGAAGAAACUUAUUUUUUUAAUAAGCUUUGUUGGGUUUGCUUAUCAGAGGAAUCCAACAUGAUUUCUCUAGCCAAUGAUAGAAAAGUUGAAAUUGAUGACCAUUCUCCCAUUUCUCUUUACGAUUUACUAAAAUACGUUACAAACGCCAAUGUUUUCUAUGUCGAUGGUCCGUACUUAAUAUGUAAUAAUUGUAAGCUGCAAGCUUUUGCGGCAUAUGGAUUUAAGAAACGAUGUCACCUUUCAUAUACGAUCUUCCAGAAAUGUGGACUGGUUGCAUGUGAUGGCAAUUUAGAUCGAAGCUUGGAUGUGGAUCUCUUACCAGCACCUAGCGAAAAGAAAAGUACAAAUGCCUUGCUAGAUACAGAAUCUGAAGAAAUAAAAGAAGAGUGUGUGAAAAUUGAAGAACUUACUGAAAAUCUUGAAGAAAACUUCUUUGAAAAUAGUUCAGUGUUUGAAAUAAUACACGAGGACGUUGUUCCUCCAAGCAAGAGUAGAAAUCAUUCAAAAGUGUUGUGCACCAUUUGCGGUGUAGAAAGGAGUAGAAGUGGCAUUAAAGCUCACAUGCUAAGGCACAACAAUAUAAAGAAUCACGCCUGUCCAUUCUGUGAAAGAAGAUUUAAUGAUAAAGGAAAUUUAAAAGUACACAUCCGUAUACAUACCGGCGUUCAUCCAUAUGUUUGCGAUAUCUGUGGCAAAACCUUCAUUCAAUCGACUGGCUUACGAACGCAUAAACGUAUUCACGACAAUGUUAAACCAUACAAGUGUAAUAUUUGCCCAUACGCUACCAGAACCAGCUCUCAUUUACAGCUGCACAUAAAACGGCACAAAGGUGUGAAAAACUAUCAUUGUCUCCAUUGCGAUUAUUCCGCCUGCUCCAAAGCGGAAUUAUCGUAUCAUCUACUCAAACAUUCAAACGAGAAACCUCACGUUUGCGGAGUUUGUGGUAAAUGCUUUGCAAGAUACAAAGGACUGAAGAUACACCAGAAGUCACACACUGGAGAAAAACCUUACGAUUGCCAGUUGUGCACGAAAAAAUUUACACAGGCCCAUUCGCUUCGAUCCCAUUUAAAAAAUGUUCACAAAGUCACCUGAAUUUUGGUACACACGUCAAAGAUGUUACAAGUUUCAGUAGGAAAAGCUCCAAACGCAUUGCUAGAUAUCAAAAUCGUUAUAUUUAUGUACCUACCAAUUUUGGUAGAGAAAAUGUUUUAUUCAUUAUUUGUUUGUAUGUUUUUUCAGUUUCAGUUAACAUUUAUUUUCUCUAGUAUUUAUCCAAAUAAAGUUUUGUUUUAAACUCAAAA